CUCCAAUCGCAAUAACGCAAAGUAUUAUUACCCGCGAACCAAUGAGUCAAAUUUAAGAAACAACCCACUGUUAGAAAGCUGAAUGGCUACGCUUUAAAAUGAAUGUGAACUUUAACGUUUUCGUCUAUUAUUUGUUUAGCAAUUUACAUUUCAGUCGAGGAUUGCGCUUUUUUUGAUACACCCUGUAUAUAAGGGAGGAGUCUUGCGCAAUACCCUUACAAUGAUUAUGCGCCAUACAACUAAAAUAUUGUGGCAUGCAGGCUGGUUGAUAUAUAGUCACAGUUUUUCCUCCUGACUCAUGGAGGAAUCCUUGGUUGUAAUAUGAAUGUUAUUUAUUUUUAGGGAAGUGAUGACUCGAUCGUUUCCUGAAUUUUAUGAUUAUUACAUUUCCGUUGCGAAAGAGAAAUCCUUUUUAAGUGGAAAACAGAUGCAGGUAGCAUAAACUAAUAUUUGUGUAGGAUUUAUUAUUUCUUCAUAUUUUACAAGAAUUACAGGCGGUGGCCAAAAAAAAGUCCCCCCCCCCCCAUGUAAAAUGACAUUCCUGGUUCCUUGUCAUUGCAUGCGAGGAAAGUGUUAAUAAAAGUUAUGUUUUUCUACUUACUUGUGCAGCUUUGAGUAUUAGUGGAUGAAACUGGUGAUUUUAAGUCACUGGUUAGAAGACUACAUGCAUUCAGAAAGUUUUUAAAUCUAGAUCCAAGAUGGCGAUUUUGAACAAGAAAUUUGCCAACAUUGUUUACUUCUUCGCUUAAUUUAAAAAAUGUUUAAUAUCCGGAAUUUACUGAGAAAAAUGAGUCCAAAUCUGAAACUAUGUAAAGCCCACUAGUUAUUAUAAUUAUUUCAUGUGCGUAGUAGUGUCUUGAGGAUACUGAAUGGCCAGAAUGUAGUUCUCAGGUAAGUAUUUGUUAUGAUAAAAAGGUCCGCUUACAUAGCUUCAAUUACUGUAAGUAUAACCGUCCAAUUGUGGAGUUAUUGUAACAUUUCAGUAGACCAUUUCCACACAGUUCUAUGCAAAUGUUGUUGUUUUUAAGCUAACUGGGUCUAUAAGCCAAGAGUAACAAUAGUUUGAUUUCUGCCUCCUUAAUGCACGAAUCUAUAAAAAAGUUCCAUCACAUGCACGUGUAAAAAUCUAUAAUAACUAGCUGUGUCACAUCAAUCUGACCCUGCAGAUUUACAGAAACCCUCACCCAGUUUAUUUCUGGACAAGCUAUGAAAAGUGAAAACACUCACUAUACAAAUUAUUUAACAAUGUUUGAUGAAUUUCUGGCACCAAAUUAAUGCGCCAUUUUGAAUCUAGAUAAAAAGCUCUCUAAACGCAUGUAAUCUUCUAACCAAUGACUUAAAAUCACCAGUUUGAUCGACUAAUACUCAAAGCUGCACAAGUAAGUAGAAAAACAUAACUUUUAUUAACACAUUCCUCAUAUGCGAUGACAAAGAACCAGGUAUGUCAUUUUACAUGGGGGGGGGGGGCACUUUUUUACCACCCCCUGUAUUUGUAAUUACAAUGUAGAUAUUGUUCGCAAUAAUGUGCAUCAUCAUACUGUGGUUGCCGGUCAGAGGUUUAUUUUCAUUGUGUAUACAUGAUUAGAAAUAGCGAUAGGAAAUGUACCAGGUCCUAUGGCUGAAAGCAGCAAUAGCCUCGCUAUCAUGUAAUGAUAUCUACUUAAUAUGCACUUAUAUAUAUUUACAAGAAAGUUUUGGCAACUAGGCUGUUGCAGUGUUCCUGCCAAAACGUUCAAGUAAAUAUAACUGCAUGUAAAUUUUCGUUAUUAUAAUGCCAAAGUUAAUAAAUUAAAAUAAAUAAUCAACCAAUCAGAGCGCACAUGACAAAUUUUGAACAAAACCAAUUAGAGAACUUCUGUGUGUAAUUGUGCAAUCAGAAUACAGAGUCCGAAUCUGACUUUAGUUUAAAGGCACUGUUCAGCCUUUUGAAUGAUGGUUUUUAAGGCGCAUUUCAGCCCUUUUAAUUGAAAAAACUAACUAGGAAAAUCAAUUAAGCAUAAUUCAAGAUCAGGAAACUUGAUGUUUUUAACAUUUUAAAACAUUUUUAAUUUUUUAUUGUCAAAAACAUUGAGUUUACUGAUCUUGAAUUAUGCAUAAUUGAUUUUCCUAGUUAGUUUUUUUUCAAUUAAAAGGACUGAAAUGCGCCUUAAAAACCAUCAUUCAAAAGGCUAAACUGGCCUUUAAACCGAUUGGCGCGGUGCGAUCAAUCAAUUGCCGCUUUCAACCACAGGUUUAUUUUCCAUUGACCAAUAAAAACAAACUUCAAGUGAUUUCAUUCAAACAUGAUAUUCAGUUACAAUUACAAAGGCUGUGUAUUUAUGUGUAACUACAGGGCCGCAGAGAGAGGGGGGCAGGGGGGGGGGGAAUUGCCCCGGGCCCCGAGUUGCUGGGGGCCCCUGAAAAAUUUUUGUUGGGCCCCAGCCUUUUUUGUGUGUUAAAUAUUUCCGCGCAAAGGACAAGAGAUCUGUUUUCUUGGGCUAAGUACCGAAUUUUGGCAUAAAAAAUGAGAUAAAGUCCCUCGAAAGCAAUUGCAACGUACUCGUCCGGAAAAAUUUUGUACUCCGGAAAACAAUUUUUAUCCCUAAAAUGUUACACUGACCGAAAAUUUUUUGGCGACGGGGGGGGCGAGGUUGUUCUCCGGGAAAAAAUUUUUCCGGGAAAAUUUUUUUAGGGGGCCCUAAAAAAAAAUUUUGCCCCGGGCCCCCGCCAACCUCUCGGCGGCCCUGUGUAACUAUAAAGUUAUAUUAUUACUGACAAUAAUAUCCAUUGUACAUGUACACAGUCAUAACAUAUUGUACAACUUGUUUACUAGAAAAUAAGAGUUAAAUAAUCUGGAGUCGACUUAAAUAAUCUGGAAUUAGACAAGGCAAAAUAACCUACAUUAGUAUAUUUCAGUAUUGAAAAAUGGCCUUUGAGCAUUCUGAUUGUCUCCCUCAGCAGUAACUCUGAGGCAAUAGUUACUGCUCAAACUGCUCUGAGCAGCAACUAUUGCUUUUCCCAAAACAAUGGCUGAAAAUCAGACGGAAGUGAAUUAUUUAUGCAAUAUAUAUUCAUAAAAUAAACACGCGCAUUAGUUGUAUUUAUAAAUAAAACUUUUUCAAUACAUCAGAUUCGGUGAUUACAAGCCUAUAUUCACUUCGCCUUCGGCUCAGCCUUGUAAUCUCUUAGCCUUGUAAUCACCUCACCUUCGGCGACUAAUUGUUAAGUAGUUUGGCGCUUUAGGGCAUGCUGUGGCAUAAUGGGUUAACGUUUACAGUAAUUUACCAGUUUACAUAGGCGGCCAGGGAUUGCGCAUUUAAUGUAAUUCUAGUAAUGACGGAUAAAUAUAGCCAGGUACAUCAUCACUUGAAUUUGUAAUAUAGAUUAAUUAACAAUUAUUCGCCGAAGGCGAGGUGAUUAUAAUAUUCCCUGAUAAUCACCAAGCUUGAGGCGAAUAAUUGUUUUAGUAUUUUUACAACAGUCUUUUGUGUUUUUUGGGACUGAAUUUAUUUUAAUUUCGCUUAUUGCUUUAUCAGUAACUUCCACAAAACGGCUAUUGCCGCCAUUUUUCAAAUUUCAGUUUUGUUAUAUUCACGUGUAGGUGAAUAUAACAGUUUAUUAUUAGCAUGACAAAAUUACUGGAUGCUGAUUGGUUGAGAGGAGUACAAUUAUUUCAUUAAUUGUACUGCAGUACAAUUAAUGAUUUUCCCAAAACAAACAAAAUGGCGGAAAGGUAUUUUAAACACAAACGUGAACUGAAAUUGCCCUUGAGGAACUAGAUGAAAAUACGAACAAAAGCAGCAAAUUUUGCUUUAGCAAAGAACUAAAUGAAAAUACGAACAAACGCACCAAAUUUUGGUUGAAAGUCUGGCAGGACUGGGCUUUGGCGAAAGAAUAUGAUGUUGACAUUGAUAAGUAUCCAAUUUUGUCAUGCUAAUAAUAAACAAGUAAUCAUGCGAUGUUGCUCGUACAAUUAGGGAUUAGUAGUACUCGUGAUGAUUGGAAAUUUGCCAAAUUGGACUCGCCCCGGCGGCUCGUUCAAUUUUGGCAAAAUUUCCAAACAUCACUUGUACUAUUAAUCCCUAAUUGUACUCGCCAUCGCAUGAUUACAUAUACUAAAAAGGCAAAUUUGACCAAUCAACUUGUAGGAUUUGUUAUAUUCACUUGUGCAAAAAUACUAAUAAUCAAUAUUUAAUUCAUCGUUAAUUCAAAUGUUUUCUUGCCUUAGGAUCCGUUCGGCGAUAAAAGAGGAAAAUUCGAUUACGAAAGUAUCCUGGCCAAACUGGAGAAAAUAAAAUCUAGCUUAGACACCAAACAAGCUCGUUGUUCUUCUGAUCUCUCUGGUGAAAGUUCUGGUGACAACUGAUCACAUGUUGUUAUCCUAUCCUCUGACCGAAAUGGGAUGUGCCAAUUUCAUCAUCAACACACCCGUUUUCAAACCGCCAACCUGCAGUACUGCUACUAUUCAAAAUACCCAGAUCACUGCCUUCUUUUUCAUAGGUUCGCACUAAAUUAGACAUUCUACUGUCCGCGACUGUACGUAUCUUGUGCAAGGAAUUUUCACUUGAUUUCAAAGAGAACGUGAAAUGAAGGUUACUGUGAGAAUCGGCAUUCCAGGUGCAACAAGGCUGAACAAAUAUACACAAAGAGUAUGCGAAGCAAGUAUGUGUGCUUCUACUUCCAUUUAGUCAGACUGUCAUGACCAACAAUUGAGUUACUUGCAUCGCUUAUCUUGACAUACAGUAGUGAAGCCUUAAGCCUGGUUUUCACGUGGUCAUAAU